AUGUGCCGCUUUGCAUUGGCCACCAAGUACUCGUUGGGAUGGAUCCUCGGUCGCACCAUUGGACACCACGCCGUGGAUCGAAAAUUUUGCAUCUCACCCAAGGAUGAACUCAAACUGCCCGUGGAAGAGAUAUGGAUGAGUGACAUGGGAGCGGAAGCACCGCGAGGUAGAAAAUUUUGUGACAAGAGUUCCUUUGUCGAACAAACGAUCUCCUUUGAUGACGUGGCCAUUACUCGCAAAGUGCUCAGUCAUGACAAUGGUAUUGUGGAUAUCGCAAUCACUAGCAUAGAGUCCUUGCGCAAAAAGCUCAAGCUUGUGUUGCGACUCUACAUUAAGGAUAUUGACAAUGUGGAGGGGGCACAUGUACAACACCCGCAUCAGCUCUUGAUGAACAACGACAAUCCAUCAAAGCAUAUCCCGCUCGUGAGUUCGAUUGCCAUUCAAGAUGGCAAGACGAACACAAUCCUCACCAAUUGGGUCGCCGAGUUGAAAACCCCAAAGUUGGGUGGCCUGGUCGAUAUUCUGAUUAAGGAUCUGACCUCGGCGGACGGCCCGGAAGUCAUUCCCAAAGUAGAGUCGGAAGACAAAGAGACCGCGAAGGUUCCUCGUCUCAUGAAAGACGAAGUCCUUCGAAUCAGGGUGAUUGGAAGAUGUCAAUGUGCUUCGCGAUGCCGCCACCGAGUACAACAUGUCUCCUAUGCACGCCUUAUGAUUACAGAUUUUCUGGAUCCGUUGAUGUUCUUUUCCAUCAAGUAA